UGGAUGGUUUUUACGCAUACCGUGCGUCAAGUUAACUACUGUCGCAGUGGUUUACUGAAGUUUACAAGAUAUUGUGGAGAGACCCAUCCGCCCGUGUGGACUGUCCUGUACUGAACAUCUCUCAUUGCCGCAGCCAAACAAGCACCUUGCUGAAAUGGGCGUGUAUGGAGAAAGCGGGGAGCACUUGGAAACUAGUCUCAACUGAGAGAGUUCCUCUUCGUAAAGUCUCACUCAGGAACACUUCCCCAUAGAAAAUCGCAGUCAUAGAGGUCUACCUCGUGAUGCGUAAAUGGGUUCAUUUUUGGUUCUGUCCAGUGUAUUUCUGCAGGGCAGCAAGGAAAAGUUGAUGGAGUUAAACUCAUUACGCAAGCUUCAAAAAACAAACUGGACGUGAAGCACCCAGAGUAACUAAAAAAGUUAUUUCAUUUACUCUAGAAUAGCUAUAAUUUCGAAUUUUUUGUUUUCGUUUUUUGGUUUCUCAAAACACCUAAUUGCCUCGCAGUGGUGUCAAGCCCCCCUCUCACCACCUUUUCCCCCCGGGUCAUUCAAUCUGAAUGCCCAUAAAGUGUUUAUUUCUUUAAAUUAUUAUUUGUGGCUAAGGAGGAUGGAACCUGCAUGCGGGAAAGUGGGGUCGGCGUCUUUGGUCGCCGGCGGCGGAACCGGCGUGAGCGCGAAGGCGCCCAAACAUCUGUGGAGGCAGCAGAACCAGGCAGCGCUCUCUCCGCUCCACCACGCGCUGGUAGUGCGCAAGAACGACCGAGUGAGACAAAGAGGCUUUUCGGACACCGAGAGAUACCUCAACCCGAGGAACAUGGACCGGACUUACGCGGUGGACACGGGGCACCGACCCGGACUGAAGAAAUCUAGGAUGUCGUGGCCGUCGUCGUUUCAAGGUCUUCGACGUUUCGAUGUGGACAAUGGCACAUCAUCAGGUCGCAGCCCCCUGGACCCAAUGGCCAGCCCAGGCUCAGGCCUCAUCCUGCAGGCCAAUUUUGUCCACAGCCAACGGAGAGAGUCAUUUCUCUACCGCUCCGACAGUGACUAUGACCUCUCGCCCAAGUCUAUGUCCCGAAACUCCUCCAUUGCCAGUGACAUCCAUGGUGACGAUAUGAUUGUAACGCCAUUUGCACAGGUUCUUGCCAGCUUGAGAACUGUACGGAACAACUUUGGUGCAUUAACCAAUCUACAGCAAGACAGAGCAUCCAAUAAGAGAUCACCCAUGUGUAACCCACCACCCAUCACCAAGACCACCUUUACAGAGGAGGCCUACCAGAAACUGGCCACUGAGACCCUGGAGGAGCUGGACUGGUGCCUGGACCAGCUGGAGACGCUGCAGACAAGACACUCAGUCAGUGAGAUGGCCUCCAACAAGUUCAAGAGGAUGUUGAACAGGGAGCUGACUCACCUAUCAGAGAUGAGCCGUUCUGGGAACCAGGUGUCUGAGUUCAUCUCCAGCACCUUCCUGGACAAGCAACAUGAAGUGGAGAUGCCAUCCCCUCAGACGCAGAAGGAGAAGGAGAAGAAGAACAAGCCAAUGUCUCAGAUCAGCGGGGUGAAAAAGCUGCAACACUCCUCCAGCCUCACAAACUCCAAUAUCCCUCGCUUCGGGGUCAAGACCGAGACCGAGGAUGAACUCGCUAAGGAGCUGGAGCAUGUGAAUAAAUGGGGCCUUAACGUUUUUAAAAUCUCAGAGUUCUCUGGGAAUCGGCCACUGACAGUCAUGAUGUAUACAAUAUUCCAGGAGCGAGACUUGUUAAAAACUUUUAAAAUUCCACUUGACACCUUUAUAACAUACCUGAUGACCUUAGAAGACCAUUAUCAUGGCGAUGUGGCCUACCAUAACAACAUCCAUGCUGCUGACGUCACCCAGUCAACUCACGUGCUGCUAUCCACCCCCGCCCUCGAGGCUGUGUUCACAGAUCUUGAGAUCCUAGCUGCCAUCUUUGCCAGUGCUAUUCACGAUGUGGACCAUCCUGGAGUUUCCAACCAGUUCCUCAUCAACACCAAUUCAGAGCUCGCGCUGAUGUACAAUGACUCGUCAGUGUUGGAGAAUCACCAUCUAGCAGUGGGUUUCAAACUGCUACAAGAAGAGAACUGUGACAUCUUCCAAAACUUGACCAAAAAACAACGACAAUCACUGCGAAAGAUGGUCAUUGACAUCGUGCUAGCAACAGACAUGUCCAAGCACAUGAAUCUACUGGCUGAUCUGAAAACCAUGGUGGAAACCAAAAAGGUGACCAGCUCUGGUGUCUUGCUGCUGGACAACUACUCAGACAGGAUACAGGUUCUCCAGAACAUGGUGCACUGUGCAGACCUUAGCAACCCCACCAAGCCUCUGCAGCUGUACCGGCAGUGGACGGACCGCAUCAUGGAGGAGUUCUUCAGCCAGGGUGACCGAGAGAGGGAGAGGGGCAUGGAGAUCAGCCCCAUGUGUGACAAACACAACGCCUCAGUAGAAAAAAGCCAGGUCGGUUUCAUAGACUACAUCGUUCACCCUUUGUGGGAGACGUGGGCUGACCUGGUCCACCCAGAUGCCCAGGACAUCCUGGACACAUUGGAAGAUAACAGGGAGUGGUACCAAAGCACCAUCCCCCAAAGCCCCUCUCCUGCCUUGGAUGAGCCUGAGGACGGCAGUCGGCCCCCAGGAGGGGACAAGUUCCAGUUUGAGCUCACCCUGGAGGAGGACGGGGAGUCGGACACAGAGAAGGACAGCGGCAGCCAGCCGGAGGAGGAGGAAGAAGAGGAGGAGGAGGAAGAGGAGGAAAACAGCUGUACUGACUCUAAAACACUCUGUACGCAGGACUCUGAAUCGACAGAGAUUCCCUUGGACGAACAGGUGGGGGAGGAUGAAGAAGAGGAGGAGGUAGCAGUAGAGGGGGAGACUCCCUCCUCACAACCUUGUGUUGUGGAGGAAGAGGUAGCAGAGGAGGAGGAGGAGGAGGAGGAAAAGGAGAAAGAGAAAUCCCCCGACACAUAGCAGUUUAUGGACAGCAUCUAACUGUUCUUCUUAGUAAUGACAGAUGAUUAUUUAUAGAAUAUUUUUUGGGUUUUGUGGAGUCUCUCUGUGUUUUUUAUACAUCUAUGUUUAUGGUUCCAAAGCGUGCGCUGCUUUCCACCUUGGCCACUCCUCCUGUCAGCUUUGUUCAGACACGCCCACUGGUACUUCUUCAAGUUUUUUUGCACUCAGGAAAACUCCUUUCCAUUCCCGUUCGUACUGACGUGGUGUGUCUUUAUUUCUUUCUUUUACAACCUCCCCUUUACAAGCUUAAUUUUAGGACAUGGGCAAGCAGUUCACAGUCUGCUCAGUGCUGUUCGUAACGACACAUAAUAUCACAUUUUCCUUCCCUCCGCUUUGUCUCAGCCUUGCCUGAAAGUUUAGCAGUGUUUCUGUGUUUUAUCAAGUGCCCAUAUUCUACAGAGAAAGUUAUCAGUGUGUUCAAGGAGAAUCUCUCUCUCUGUUAGGUCAUCUCCUCCCCACUACGAAUUAGGAGGCUUGUUAUGCUGCCGUUCCGCUGAAAACCUGACAGGAUGGCGCAGAGAUGAAAGCUGCAGCACACUGGGGAGCCUUUUGAGACACAUUUCUGACGCGGAAGUCUUCCUUGAAAACCUGACUGACACAAAGCUCAAAUCUAAACAGCAAUGCUGCUGUCCUAGACCUCUUUAAUUUUUGUAUCGUACUGUAUGUAAAAUUCAGAUAUUUUCUAGAAUUUACUUUUGCAAUCCUAGGCUUUCUUUUGUUAGCAAAGACGAUGAGAGAACUUUUUGGAAAUUGUGGAAACCAACGGGGAGAAAUGUGUCACAAAUUUUCAGUGUUUGAAAGGGGUAUUUUUACAGCUGGAUUACAUGAGGAGUGUUCUGAGGUGUUUGCACUUGCUCCAAUAGCAUUUAUACUACUAUUCCCAUGCCACUAUACUCAUAUUUGGUUAGUCCUGUGAGUUGAAAUUGGAAUUUAUUCAUAAUAAUAUAAUUUUGAUUACUUUUAAGUUUUCACUAAAGAGGAAGCAGACACCUGAAGUCUUUGCUCUCAUUGAAUUUGUUUGUGACGUGGAUGAAGCCUUUAAAUUUUAUUAUUGUUGCCUGCAGUUCUUUUGAACACAUCCUGAGACAAUGCAAUGCUUUGUAGUUGAUACAAAAAGCACCUUUUUUUAGAAGCUUGAUUAGUGCUCCGAGUAUACAGAAAUAGUACUGGUGUUAAAAAUUACUGGGGUGAUUUUAUACCAAUGUUAUGAAAGCUUUUUUUGUCCUUUUUAAAAAAAGAAAAAAGAAAAAAAAGAAAAUUUUGCCCAUUUUUGUUUGAUGCUUGUCGUCAGUCAUGCCAGUUCGUUUUUGGUUAUGCUACAUGAAUUUAUUUUUCAUCAGAAUAGUAAUUAAUUUUGCCAUAACAACAUAAAACUCUGUUGCUGUCUUUGUUUUUCGACAAGACAAUCAGCUCCGUUGCGUAGUCAUCAGAUGAGACUAUCCUCUACGUAGAUAAUCUAAUGCACUGAUAUAUUCAUAUAUCACCACUUUAUUAUUUUUCAUGUUUAAUGCGCCAAAACACUCACUGAUGCAGGCUUAGGCUUGAACAAUGCUGUCUUACACCUCAGCCAAGAGUCUCUUCCUUUUCCAUGUUUCUUUCAUUUUUCACUUUACACCUAAUGCUAUUAUUUAUUGGUAUAUGUUUCUAUUUGUUGAGUCAUUUUGCAAUAUAAAGGUGGUACAGUAAAUAUUUCACUGUAGCAUAGACCACAGGCUUGCCAGUUACAAUACCCAAAUAUACUUUUUUUUCUUCUCUGUGUACAUAAAAUAUAAAAAAAUCAACAAAUGUACAAAAAAGGAAAAAAAAAUUCACUUGAAUACUGCACACUGCUUUUUUUUUAAGAGUGCUUGCUUUAAUUAUGUGUCAUUUCAAAACUUUUAAUUUAAUCUUUCAGUUUGUGCCAAGAUUUUAUUUUUCUCUUCUUUUUUUUCCAUCCUCACCCGAUGCCCUUACCUGUAAUAAAAUUUUCUGGUUUUAUCGCUGUUUACAAACAUAUAUUUAUUGUGCUGUAUAUAAUAUAUAAUUAUUAAUGUUAUUACUAUCAUAAUGCCGUUUGUUGUAAAUGGUUGAUUCUUAUCAUCCCUUUUGGUGAUGGUGUGGCUGUAUUACGUACCUCUUGUUGAGAGAAUGUUUAUUACACAUGAGCUUCAGUGUAAAAAUGAUCCAUCGACAUGUUGCUUAUCUGAGAACUAGCUCAGUGAAGAGAGGGGGAAAGCCAAAUUGUUUUUUAAAAAGAAACUGUUCCUUGGCCCAUGGGCUGUGCCUUAAAUUCAACACACGUCAUUUACUUUAGCCUUUUUUUUCCUCUUUAAUUUUCUAGUUUUCUUUUGCUGCAUUAGUGAAUCUUUUGGCUUGGGUUGUCCUGAUCUCCUGUCCUGAAUUUGAAAACGUUGCCUUUUUACUUUUACAGCCAAACACAAAUUGCUCUAUCAAAAAAUAUGGCACUGCUUAGAAAAUAUGUUGUCAGUGCAGAAGCUUGUAGAGAUUCAGGUCAACCACAAGUCAUAGAUUAACUACUUGAGUGGUGUGUGGCCUAUAGCCGGAUGUCCAAGAGUCGUAUUUGCUGUAGACCUGGUCUGAACCACUCGCACCUUCCUCAGGCCCAGCCACUACACUCAAAGAUGUGAUUCAACCUGUUGGAUGUAGACGAUAUGAGAGUAACUUUGUGUUACUGCAGCGUCCUCUACAUCCCUCUGGUUGUAUUACAGCUACAAACACUGAAUGGGGUGCAACAGGAGUGUGUAGUUGCUGCUCGACCACGGCCUACGAAGCACACAGGCUUCGAGACACAUCUGCAUGUUCAGCCACUGCUGCAUUAAUUAUGGCUGAAACACUGACAGUGUGUUGCUUAUCUAUGCUCGGCCCACACUUCCACUCACAUUACUUGCAAUAUCCAAAACCACUGACAUCUUUGUGCGUGGACAAGAGGAGGGUUCAGUAUAUUUCUGUAGUGA